UCGUUUUGUUUCCGUCAUCCCUUCUCUCUCUCUCUCUCUCUUUGUCUCUUCCUCUUUGUCUCUUUCUCUCUCUCCUUCUCUUUAAAAAUAAUGACACCCUGCCACAGUCCCUCGACGCUGGCCGCGGCGCUGGUGCUGCUGCUCGCAGUCGCGUCGUCGACUGUGUCCGCCACUCCCCAGCAAGCCUGUGGUCCCGCGCCCGAGCUCGUCAGCAUGGCUUGCAACUGCCGUUUCCGCGGCUCGGAUUAUCGCUUCCCCUCUGUCAAUUGCUCCUCUCGUGGUCUCACCGAGUUUCCCAUCCUGCCAACAAGCGUUGAGUCAAUCGACUUGUCGUACAACAGCCUGACGUUCAUUCCCAGCGGCGCUUUUGUGGGCUUCGCAUCCCUGCUCACGCUUGACGCGAACUACAAUCAGAUCACCUCUAUUGCGGCGGGUGCGUUUGAACCUGGCACGGUUCUCGCGGGCAUAUCGUUCUACUAUAACAACCUGACAACAAUUCCCGUCGACUUUGCGAGUGGUGGCAAUUUCUCGAGCGUUGGUUCUAUCUUUCUGAUGGGCAACAAGAUCACGACUGUUGGACCCAAUGCGUUUGGAGCAACGUUUUCCGGUCUUACUUACUUGGGCCUUAACCUCAAUCCAAUUACUUCUAUGGCCGAUUCCGCAUUUAGCGGUGCACCGAACAUUGGGGGCUUGCCUCUCAACGACAUGCUGCUCACAAGUCUGCCCGUCGGGGCGCUGAGCUCUCUUAAGCUCCUAAUGUUACUCGCUGUGCGCACACCCAUCCAAGCCAUUUCGGAGGACUUUAGGGCGCCGUUCGCGACGGUUGUCUUGUUUGACUCCAACCAACUGAGUACUCUGCCGAGUAACAUGGGUACCAUCUUCCCGAGCGCUAGCCAGCUGGCAAUUUCCAACAACCUGUUUGAAUCCGUUCCCUAUGAGGUAUCAAAUAUGCCCAACCUUGGAAUUUUAUCUGUUGACGGGAAUCGCAUCCGCUCUCUCCAAAAUCAACUGACUCUGACGAAUCUCAUCGGAUUGACGGCCAAUCACAACCAACUGACCAGUCUUACCGUGUCAGACCUUGUGGGAUACCCCAAUCUUAUGGCACUACAAGCGGCGAACAAUUCGAUUUCUUAUAUCGAGCCUGGUCUGUUGUCGUCUCGUCCGAAUAUGUUAUACAUGAUGCUUGCCAACAACUCGUUGACCACUCUUCCGCCAGGGCUCUACCAAGGCUCAACCAGUGCGCUGUUACAAAAUCCCACUUACAACAGAUUGGACGGCAAUCCAUUCAUUGGGCAGCCACCGAGCACAUGGGGCACGGUCGCUCAGCCUAUUCCUUGCAAUGCACAGUGCGCAACUUGCUUUGCGGGCACCAGCAGCGAUUGCUGCCCUGCCAACUGCCUGCAGUGCACCUCCAAUACGACGUGCAAUGUGUGCUACGAUGGAUAUGAGAAAAUGGGAGGAGUCUGCGCGAUCAACUACCACGCGAUCUCCACGUCAGUGGAUGCAGUAGCUUCGGCCUUGGCCGCAUCCGUCGCAUCUGUCGAGUCUGUUGCGUCUAUCGCAUCUGUCGCAUCUGUCGAGUCUGCUGUGUCUGUUGCCUCUGUUGCGUCCGCUGUGUCAGCAGCAUCCGUGUCCUCGGCCUCAGUCGCCGCUGUUGCUGCGAGUCUGGAGUCGGUCGCAUCCGUCGAAUCUGUUGCCAGUGCUGCUUCGGUCCAAUCCGUCCUUGCAGUUGCUGCCUCAUUGGAGUCGCUGCUCGCCAGCCAGUCGGCCAUGUCUCUGGCGUCGGUGGCCUCAGUUGCUUCCAUCCAAGCCAUUGCGCCCAGCUCGUCUGAGGCUGCAGUUCUUGCAACCUCCUCGACGCAUGCAGCAGCUCUGGUGUCUUCGGCAGCUGCAACCACCGGCACCACUGCAUCUGGUGGUCUCGCCUCCAACGCGUCUGCCAGCAGUGGUUCCAGCAUUGGCAUCGUCAUUGGCUGUGUUGUGGGCGGCGUGGUCCUGCUGCUCUUGCUGAUUGUGCUGAUUUCCCGCCGCCGCUCUCGCAAGACCAAGCUGGUCCAUCACUACGACCGGGACAAUGGCAUUGUGGCGGAGGAAGUCUCAUACGCUCGAAUUGCCGGUGCUAGCUUGAACAAGGACUCGGACACUCCGAUUUACGACUCCACGACCCCGCAAGUUACCUACGCGCAGGUCAAUGAUGCGCCGCAUGUGUAUGCGAGCACCAAUGCAGCGCACUAUGAUGUGCUGUCCACUGAGUCCAAGCAAGUUGCCAACUACGACGUACUAUCCCCUCAGCAGGCCAAUUACGAGGAAAUUCGCACCUCGUCAGUGAAGGUGGUCUGAUCCUUGUUUGCGUUUUGACAAGAGUUUGGAGUUUGGCAGUCAUUCGAACUGCGCCAUCCAGAGUUUAGAGUUAUGAGUUGCGAGUUUUGUUUUGUUUUUGUUUUUUCUUUUGAGGGUUUUUUGUUUUUGUUGAGGGUUGUUGUUGUUCCUUUCAAUUCAACAGCGAGUGUUUGCAC